AGCCUUACAGAUAACAGAGUUCCGACAAUUCUAUUGGCGACAGAAGAGCAAUGGCGGCGCCCAGAGCUUCGAUAGUUUAAUAAAAGUUAGCGGUUCAUGCUAGCAUAGUCACAGACUUUAGUAAACCGGGCUGAACUACAGGAAAAUAGAAACAGAUCUUAAAUAUCACAUCUGCUCUCUCCGGUCUCCAUGGCUCUGCAACAUAUUUUGACGUUGCUGUGACGCAAUCAAACAGCGACUGGCUCUAUGGCGUUAUUUUGCAGGGGAUGGAUUUCACAGAAUGCUAUGAAGACACGGUGUCCAGCGCGGCUGCUGCAGCCCGCUCAGGCUGCAGGAGGCAGCUGAGGAGGCUGAUCGACAGAGGCUGCAGUGUGGACAGCCGGGAUAACCGUGGCUGGAACCCCCUGCAUGAGGCGGCGGCCGCUGGCAGCAAAGAGUGUGUGCAGGAAAUACUGUCUGCAGUGAGCGCCAGAUCCUCCAGGUGUCGUCGGGAUUAUGUCAACUCUCUGACUCAUGAGGGCGAGUCGCCGUGUUUCCUGGCGGCGCGGCGAGGACAUGUGGCGGUGGUCCGACUCCUCCUGAAAGCGAACGCAGACGUCAACCAGAUGACCAAUGACCUCUCCUGUCCUCUAUAUGCAGCUGUGGACGGCGGGCACACAGAGGUGGUGAAGCUGCUGGUCAGGAAGGGAGCAGAGGUGGACGGGAUUCACACAGCUUCCUGCUGGACCUGCCUGCAUCAGGCUGCCUAUAAGGGACACGGCGACAUCCUGCGUUUUCUGGUUACCGUCUGCAACCUGGAGGCACAUGACGACCACCGGAUCACGCCGCUGUUUGUGUCCGCUCAGUACGGUCAGAGGGAGUGCCUGCAGCUGCUCGUUGAUGCUGGGGCCAAUGUGAACGCUCAGGCGGCUGAUCUGGCGACGCCGCUGCUCAUCGCCUCCCAAGAAGGCCACCAGGACUGCGUGGAUCUCCUGCUGGAGCGCGGAGCCGAUCCCAACAUGGCCUGCAGCGACGACUGGCCUCAGCUUCCCAUUCAUGCUGCUGCUCAGUUUGGACGUAUCAGUAUUCUGCGCAGGCUGAUUGAGGUGACGGACCGGAGGUGUGAUGGCGGCGAAGGCAUGGUCAGUCCGCUGUAUGUGGCCAUCAGCAGCGAGCAGAGCAGCAGCGCCGAGCUGCUGCUGAAGGAAGGUUACAGCGCCGACGCUCAGGACUGUCGGCUCGCUCUGGGUUUCCCCUCGCCGCUCUCCCUGGCCUUUUAUCGAACCGCCACCCAACCCUGCAGGGAUUCUGUAAAGCUGCUGCUUGCUGCUGGAGCUGCGUUAAAAGCAGAGGAGUGGACUUAUGCUCUUGCAACGGACAGAACGGAUCUGCUGGAACUGAUUCUGGACUACAGGUGGAUCCGCGGACCAGAGGCUUUUCACAAAGACAUUCCAGCAGGACGCCACGGUGGGAAGACGGUGCUGCAGCUGCAGGAACUGAGAGAGCUGGUCUGUGUAGCGCUGAGCCAAGUGAACUUUGCCUCCUGUUGGCUUCCUGUGCUUCUGAACAAAGGACUGGAUCCAUAUCUGCUGCUGCACCCCCACAUGCUGGAGAAAGCAGACAGUGACGUGCUGAACUUCCUGCUCCAGUUCGUAAACUGGUCGACUCUUCCUCCUCCUCUGAAGAUCAUUUUGGAGCAGAGGGAGGCAGAGGGAACUUGGGAACCUCUCACUCAUUUUGCUUCGGUUCCGUCUCUUUUCCACCUCUGCCGGCUGAAGGUCCGAGAUGCGCUGGGCGCGGAUCAGCUGAUGACGACGGAUGCAGUCCAGCAGCUGCCUGUUCCGUCUCCACUCCAUGUUUUCCUUCAAUUCAGGGACAUCCAAAAGCCUUCCUACACCCGCCCCCCUCCGUCACCCGUUAUAAACCGCGUAGAGAGACACCGCAGCGCUCACCAGCACAGACAUGUUUUAUAAACACAUUUCACUCCCUCUCAUCUCCGUUUAUAUAUCUAUCAGAGACAUUUCUGCCCUUCUAUAGAUAUUUCUAUCUUAGAAUAUCAGUCCUGAGAGGAGUUCAUCAUCAAACCGAAUUAUAGAAACACUCUAUAAUGUCCUCAUGUUGUUCCUGAAUAUUAAUUCUGGCUAUUUGAAAUGUAGUUAAGAAAAUAAAUAAAAAAAUAUUUUCAGUAA